AUGAGUGGACAUUCUUUAUUUUUACUUUCUACUUCAAGUUUUAUAACUUAUUAUAUUGAUUCUAAAGAACUACAAGAAUGCAUUGAUUGGGAAAAAGAAAUCCAAAAUCAUGCAAAAAAUGACCAUUCUCGACUUUUCCUUGAAUCCAAAGAAUGCAUUAAUUUGGAGAAAGAAGGUAAUAUUACAUUUAAGAAAAUUGAAGAUACGUAG